AUGUUGGAGGUGCUGUUCAAGUCGACGGGGAGUAUUAUAGAAAUAUAUACUACGUCAAAGAGACAGGAAGAAGAGAGGUCGAAAAACAGAACGACGUACGCCUUAAUAGUUCAGAACGAGGGAAAAACGUAUGAGGAAACAGUAAUGAGGAUAAAGAUGCAAAUGCAGGGAAGGAAAGAAAUGGAAAUUAUCGAGGGUGUAAGACAAACGAGAGAUGGACGUGUGUUAAUCAUGACAAAGAAAGAUGAAAAAGGAACAAAUGCGAUACAGAAGAUUUUAAGAGAACAGGAGGGACAUAAAAUAACAGUUAGAGGUAUGAGGGGAAAGGAGGCGAAAACGAUAAAUAUAAAAGGGAUGACGUUAGCCGCCGAAAUAAAAGAUGUAGAAGAAGCCAUUAGAAACACGGUGGGCCAAGAAAUAGAGUUUAAGACCAGUAAUUUGAGACCAUACGCUAGAUACAUGAAGGCGAUAACAGUUGAGAUGGAAAAGGCAGCAGCAGACCAAAUGCUGAAUGAGAAGAAAGUACGGGUAGGACUGACCAUGUGCCAGGUGGAAGAGAGGAAGGGGUUAAAGAAAUGCUCUAGAUGCUGGUCACCAACACACUUAGCUAGGGAUUGUUGUCGAGAAGAUAGGAGUACGUGGUGUUUUAAUUGUGGGGGUCAAGACCAUAAAGCGAAGGACUGCAAGAGCGAACCACGAUGUCCAGACUGCAAAAGGGUAGGACACAGAGCAAGUACAAAUGUGUGCCCAGAAUACAGAAACAAGAUGAAAGAGGGAAAGGAAGAAACGCUUGAGGAAUGCCCGACGAAUGAGAGAGAUGAGAGGAAGGAGGAAGAAAGCGAAGAAAAAAAGCGAGAAAACGAAAAGGAUCAGCCCAAGGAGGGGGAAGAGGAUGAGAUUAAGUUCACAGAGGUAACUAGAAAAAAGAAGCAAGCGAGGAAAGACGAAAAGAAAGGCAGACAAAGCCCCACAGAGCCCUGCUCCGCGGAGAAGUCGCCUAGAUGUCAGGAUUCAAAGUAA